UUAUUUCUUGCUCUAAGACUCUACGACAACAACAACAGCAAGAAAGACGCUAAUGCGAACGGAAGUCAACAAUGUUGACGUCGGUAAUUUGAGGUAACUAAUCAGAAACGGAAACGCCAUCACUUAAAGCAACAACAACGACAACGAUAAACACAACAACAACAGCAACUACAACUAUCAGGCAAAAUGAUUAAGUUUCGCUACAAACGCAAAGAACCGGCAAAUACAGUGGCCAAAACGACAGCAACUACGCUGGAAGAUGCGAAGACCGCGAAUAAAAAUAAUGACAAUAACAACAACAACAACCAGAAUAACAACAGUAAAAAUGCUAAAAAUAGCAACGCUGAAAAUCAUAAGGAUGCCAAAGCAACAAAAGAGAAUGGCCGAGCAAACCAGAGUGCGGUGGCACAACAACAGCAGCAGCAGCAGCAGCAACAACAGCAGCAACACCAAAUCCACCAAUUCAAGCAGCAGAUGCAACAAAGACAAUUGCAACAACAACAACAAAUGCAACAGUUCCAGCAGCAAAUGCAGCAACACCAACAAUUUCAACAACAACAACUGCAGCAGCAGCAGCAGCAGCAGCAUUAUACGCAAACACCUGCCAACUCCAUCGCCGCCAACAACAACAGCUCGCCCCUAAAGCCCCAGCAUCCGCAACACGCGCAGCUGAUCAGCAACAAUGGCACUUUGCCGCGCAGCUCUCCACGCAAGGCAUACGAUCCGCUGUUGGAUGGCUACAAAUCGGCGACGUUGACCCGGCAAACCGCCAGCAGCCGCAAAGUGUCCGCGCUGGCGAAGGUGGCCUCGACGGCGGAGCUGGCUGGGUGGGGGUAUGCGUUCGGUGGCAGCAUGAAUAAUAUAAUUAACAGCAAUAGCAAUGGCAGCAGUAACAACAACAACAACAACAGCUACUACUACAAGAAAAGUAACAGCAACGAGCACAUCUUCGGCAGCAACGACACUCUACUCUCGCUGACGGCCAAUGGAGCGUACGGCGAGCGUGAUCGUUGCAUAAAUGCGGUGAUUGAACUUUUCCAACAACUACAAACCAGCUCAGAGCCAGCCUUAUGCCCGGAACCUUUGCGUCGCGCUUUGGCCAGUGGCCCUCUGGCUGGUCGUCGCUUUCCGCUGGGCUGUCUUGGCGAUGCCGCCGAAUGUUUUGAGCUACUCUUACAUCGUGUACACUCGCACAUUUCCUUGGACGAUGGCGAUGCUUGCGAGUCGCAGGCUUGUGUGGCUCAUCGCCGCUUUGCUAUGCGCGUCAUCGAGCAGAGCGUCUGCAAGUGUGGCGCCAAUUCGGAGCAAUUGCCAUUCACACAGAUGGUUCACUAUGUGUCAGCAUCGGCGUUGACCUCACAAAAUAGCUUGGCAUUGCAGAAUCAUCAGCAGCUAACUUUUGGCCAAUUAUUGCGCGCCGCUGGCAAUAUGGGUGACAUCAGAGAUUGUCCAAACGCUUGUGGCGCCAAAAUCGGCAUUUGCCGCGCGCUGCUCAAUCGUCCCGAUGUUGUCUCUAUUGGCAUUGUGUGGGACUCGGAACGUCCCGCCGCCGAUCAAGUGCAUGCUGUACUCAAAGCAAUCGGCACCAGCUUACGUCUAUCGGACGUUUUCCAUCAGGUCGCCGAACAGCGUUGGGCGCAAAAUGUACAACACGAACUGGUCGGCAUUGUCUCGUAUUACGGCAAACACUACACGACCUUCUUCUUCCACACCAAACUCAAAGUGUGGGUGUACUUCGAUGAUGCUAAUGUGAAGGAAGUCGGUCCCAACUGGGAGGGUGUUGUCGACAAGUGCAGCCGCGGUCGCUAUCAACCCCUACUGCUGCUCUACGCCGUACCACAGCCACCAUCGGGGGGUGCACAAUUCGCACCCGAGACCAAUCAAUCCACCAUCGUGCGCCGCGCUAUCACACCAAGUCCCAUCACACCGGAGAAGCCCAACUUGGGUAACACUCGUCGUGCCAUUACGCCCACACCACUGCGUUCACCCAACGACUAUCAGAACUUGAGUGUCAUACAGAAGAGUAUCUUUUCCGGCGCUUCCGCAGCCACGCCGACAAUCAGCAAUGAUGAGACCGAUGCUUACAUUAGUCGUAAGACCGUCGAGCAUGUUUUAAAUGCACAACAGUAUCAGAAUUUGAGUGUCGUGCAGGACAAAAUAUUUGCCAAUAACAGUGGCGGUGUUACGAAUCAGCCAGCAGAUGGGAAAGACGUCGACACGCUAACGCACAAAAUCGGCAAAGUACUCAAUGCGCAGCUGGUACGCAAGUAUCACCUUCAGCUGCAACGCAGUCAGAGUGCUGAAUCCGGCCAUGUCAGCGGCGGUUCUUCGAAUGGCUCCUCACCACCAAGCGAUGGUCUAACCAUGCCCGAUCACUUAAAUCAGCCGCGUCGUCGCGACUCGGGCAACUGGUCAGGCGAUCGCAAUAGCGCAAGCUCCGCUUCGUCCACCACUUUGGAUAAUCCUUACCUGUAUUUGGUGGGCAAACGCAAUCCGCCCGCCGUGCCGCAGAGUCCCACACGCAAUGGGUUGCCUUACGACCCCGGCUAUGACUCGUUUUCGCUGAGCUCAACCGACUCGUAUCCGCCGAAGCAUCAUUUGAAUCCACAGCUCGCCAAGAUACCUGAGGCUGGUGGAUCCAAAACACUCUCCGGUGAUUGCGAAAAGCUCUGCCACGAGGCCGACCAAUUGCUAGAGAAAUCACGUCUUGUCGAGGAGUCACACGAUCUAGAGACCGCACUGGUACUUUGCAACGCAGCCGCUGGGCGGGCACGCGCCGCCAUGGAUGCCCCCUACAGCAAUCCACACACCAUGACAUUUGCACGCAUGAAACACAACACGUGCGUGAUGCGCGCACGCAGUCUGCACCGCCGUAUUUUGGUUGAGAAGGGCGCUGAUAUGGAUGCCAUGCCGGAGAUGAAGCAUAUGCGUGAGGGCAGCAACAGCAGCGUGAAACAUGUGCGCCAGAAUAGUAAGGACAAGACAUUGGACAAGACGCCAACACAGGCAGCCCAAGCAGCCGCCACCGCAGCCGCAAAUAAGAGCAUCGAAAUCUAUGCCACGCUGCCCAAGAAGAAGAGCCCCUUGAAGACUCUAGCAGCUGCGGUAGGUAAUGCUAGUGAUGACAAUGCCAUCGAAUACGAAUCGCCACAGCCGGUGGCAGCUAAGCCUGAGCGCGAGAGCCGCUCAUUAUUCGGCCGAAGCAGCAACAAGUCGGAGAAGGAGAAGCGCAGCCGCAGCGAAGAUCGUAAUAAGCUGACGCGUGAAUUCUCAUUGACUGAAACAUUGCUUGUUAACGCGAAGGAUACGCUCAAGAAGCACAAGGAGGAGAAAGACGAAAAGAAGGAGAAAGAUAAGAAUGGAAAGAAGCAGCAUAAAAUUCGCCGCAAGCUUUUGAUGGGCGGCCUAAUACGCCGCAAAAAUCGCUCCAUGCCCGAUUUAACCGAGGCAGGUGAUGAUGCAACGACCCAGAAAGAGACGCCUCCACCACUAGCCACUUCGGUGGACGACAGCUCUGUGGGUUUGAAUGGCAAGAACGGCAUGAGCGGCUACAUCUCGGAGGGUCACUUCGAAAAUCGCGACUCGAACAAUGCCAAUCCGAAUUUGGAGCGCAGUAAGCUUAUGCGUAAGAGCUUCCACGGCAGCGGACGCCAGUUGACUGUAGUCGCUAAGGUCGCGCCACCACCACCAAUGCGCACGAGCUCCGCGCUCACCCAACAACAACUGCAGCAACAAUUGGCUUUGCAGCAGCAGCAAGACGCAGCAGUGCUACAACACUUCCACCAUGAAGCAAAUCUCUCUAACAUUUCCGUCAUGAGCUCAAACACUUCCAUUAGCGAAGACUCGUGCCAGACCAUUAUCACGACAUGCGCGCAGGUGCACAACGAACAGAGUCCGCCGAAGGAUAACAUGUACCAGACAUCGAACGGCGUGAGCGCGGGUCAGUACCAACAUCACAACGGUUAUGCCACCACAACGGCUGAUCUGGGCAGAGAUGAAGUUGAAGGCAUAUCUGGCGGAAGUAAUGGCAACAGCAAUGGCAGCGGCAGUAAUCCAACCGAAGUUCCGCUUGAACUUCCGCCAUAUCCGAGCCCACCGCAGUCAGUUUGCCACUCGCGACAGGCCAGCGAAGAUUUUCCACCACCACCGCCGGAGAUCGAUCUCGAGCCACUGAAUCAUCAAAUCAAUCAGAUACAGGUGCUUGAAGCGAACAAACAGCAACGCAACAUGGAGACUCUGGAGGGCACCAGCAGCAUUUUGGCACAGCUGCAGCAGCGUCACCAGCUCAUGAAAAUGCGCAAAGAACAGGCCACGCCCACAUGCGAUCCCUCUAAUUGGCUCAAGGAGUUGCAGGCCAAGCAAACUGAUCUCAGAAAUGCACAACGUGCCACAGAUUCGCCAGUCGCGCAGCUGACGCAGCAGUCCAACGGCGUGCGCGAACUGACGCACCGCUUCGAGCAGUCUAAAUCGGCCAGCAGUACAGGUGAACAGCAACCGCUGCGCUCCUACUCAUCACAGGAGCUGCUCAAUGCCCCAAAGCCGCCGAUACGUACGCAAAUGAAUGGCCUGCCGCCAAUGCAGCACAACGUUAUGUCACCAACAGCCACGUCCGGCACCCCACUGCCACCCAAACCCGAGGCAGAUGAAGUGGACUGCGCGCCACAACGCCUUCAGCGCCUGCCGCCACACCAGGUAUUGCCCAAGCCGAAAUACGAAGUACCGCAGUCGCAGAUCGCCGAAGAGUUGCGUGAGGUCGAAAUGCUUAACACAAUGGUGCAGCAAACUUUGAACCAUUCGCCUGCUGUACAGCAUCAGCAGCAGCCGCAAGAACAACUGCAACAGCAACAGCCACAACUAUGCGCGGAGCAAAACGGGCCAUCUGUUGCUUUGCCCAAGCGCGUCAAGAAGAAGAGCGUUUCCUUCUGCGAUCAAGUGAUACUCGUUGCAACAGCGGAUAAUGAAGAGGACGACGACUUCAUACCGAAUCCGAUUUUGGAACGCGUGCUACGUACGGCGCAAAAUCCCAACGAGAAUGUGACAGCGCAGCUCAUUCAACAACAACAACAGAACAUGAUACGACUGCCAACCGAAGCGCAACCGCGUGUCGUACAACCGCUGCCGCCAUUAGUGCAACAACAACAACACCAACCGCCAAUGGCACCUCCUUUGGCGCAGCAGUCGCCAAUGCUUGGUGCUGAUCGACGCGCUGUACCACUGCAGGGCCAAGAGAUGCAGCGCUAUGUGCAGUUGCAGCGACCACAAUUGGAAGCGCUGCGCCAACAGCAGCAACAGAUACAGCAGCAACAACAGCAGCAGCUGCAACAGCAGUCGGCUCUGCCAUACAUGCCAGCAGGACAGGUGUACGCGCCCAUGCAGGACAUAUAUCGCAUGCAACAACAACACCAGUUACAACAGUACGCUGCACAGCUGGCGCCGCCACCUUUACCACCAGCGCAUCAGCAGCAUUCACAAUUUGAUGAGCGCAUGCAUGCCAACAACAACAACAACAACAGCGGCGGCGCGAAUCAUGUUUUGCUUGCAGCACGCACCAGCAUGAGCGGCAUCGCUAAUGUUGCCACGCAGCAACAUAUGCAGAUGCUAGCAGCUCAGCAACAGCAGCAGCAGCAGCAAUUACAACAGCAACAACAACAUUUGGACGCGCAAUCUAGCUAUGUGAGCAUACCGCGCAGCCACCUAAGUCACCAGCAGCAGCAGCAGCAGCAGCAACAAAGCUACUCAGUUCAAUUGCAGAAGCAUCAGCAACAUAUGCAGCAACAACAACAACAGCAGCAGCAACAACAACAACAACAACAACAACAACAAUUUACACCGAACGUCGCCUACUAUCCAGGCGUACCAGGAUUGGACGCGCCACCUUUGCCAUCACCUUAUCAGCGCGUGCCUUUGCCACACGGCUACGCCAGCGAACAAUUCCCGCCAUCGGCCGCCAACAGCAUGCAGAAGCCACAACAUCCCUAUCCCUCACCAACAGCUAGCCAUCACAGCAGUAGCGCCGCUCCCUCACCUUACUUUCCCGUGCCGCAGAGCGCAGCCGCCGCGCUAGCCAUGAGCGUCAACAUACAGCCACAACACACCACCAAGGCAUCGCAUCAGAAGAAGGUAAGCUUUGAGCCGGGCACCAAAGGCGAAACGGACUCGCUUUGUAAUGGAAGCAACAACAACUCAACAGCGGCGCUACCACCGAAACCACCGAUGAAUCUCACAGCGGGUGGGGGCAACGCCAACACCACCGCAGCCGCAGCCGCAGCACAACAGAAUGGUCUGCCGUCGGUCAUGGCUAUGGCGGCGGCCGCAGAUAGUAGCGUUAAUGUGACCGCUAUUCCCACACGCGUCUACAAUAAUGCCAUCGUCAAGGCUUCGGCCAAGGCGGUGGAGUGUAAUUUGUGCCGAAAGCGGCAUGUAAUUGCGCCGGCCGUGUAUUGCACCAACUGCGAGUACUACUUGCAGAUGUUGAACAGCCGGCGGUAGGAGGGUGUAAGGUGGGAUGGAGAGGAAAGGAGGAAGUGUGGAAGUAGAGAAAGCUUCUGCAAUGAAACGCAAUAAUCGCUGAGCGAAUCUAGGUUGACUACUAUGACUGCAUUUCUGUAGCAUUAAGCGUUGCCGUAAUUAAGCGUAACAUUUAGUUGUACAAUAAUUUUUAGCUUUAAAUUAGUGUUUAGUGAAACUAUGAAAUCUCAAGCCAAGCUGCCGCCCAUAUCAAGAUACAUAUCAAUGCCUACGUUAUAGAACAUACGCUCCAUAUGUGAAGGUAAGUACAUCUAAUGGCAUCGUUUUUUUUUAUUAAAUGCUUACAAAAGCUUGCAGACACAUUGCCACCCAUACAUACAUACGUACAUACAUACGCAACAACUUUCUACCCUAAAGUAUGGCUAUUGAAAGAACUUUCUAAAAUUUUGGCGCAGCUUUCCCUCUCAAAAUUAUGUACUGCAUGGAUUUUCUUUAUGGUUCUACAUAAAGAACAAUUGGCAUUCAUUUUUAUUCAAUUGAAAAAAAGUACAACAAAAAUUCGCUACGUAGCGUUGCUUCUCAAAAAUUUUUAGUCUUUGACUACUCCACAAAAAAUCUAUAAUUCUUCCAUUUCGUUUAACAAAUUAGUAAUUUACUGACUUGAAAUAAUUUUAUUCAUUAAUCAAUUAGUUAUACAUACAUACAUACAUACAUUCAUAUUUAAGCAUACAACUGCAUUUGCAUACAUUUACAAAUUCAUGAAAAUCUCAUACAUUAAACCCAUCUAAUCGUUUAUUAUACGCAAAUAUAUUUUAUAAACUAAAACAAAAAAA